UACUCAUAAAUUUAUGGUUUACCCAAUUUCUCAUGUAAAAGGGGAUAUUGAAAUCUAGAAUAUAUAUUUCCUCAUCCCAAAUCUAUGACAAACUCACCCGCCUAUUCACGUGUUCUUCACCAUUCAAACCUAAAUGCUUUCAUCUCAUAACCCUACUCUGAUCUUUUUUCUUUAUUACACUCACCAGCCUCUUGCUUUUUCUAGCAAACCCAUUGUAAAAGGCCUAAAGGGUUCCCGCCCUUUCCAUGUCAGCUUUAGACACCCUCUUAUAAAGGUACCCUCUGCAAGGCAAUAGCUUCACACUCUCCCAUCUAACAAAUCUAACUACAUUAGACUCUGAAUUUCCAAUAUUUUUCUCCAUUUUUGUCACUAGAAUGAGAACAGCAAUCAUAUUCAUUAUCUUCCUAUUCCUUUCAUGGGUAACAAGUUCCAAGGGAUGGGGUUCCAAUAGUAGGGACAGUUAUGUUAGAGAUGCAUGUAGUGUGACUAGGUAUCAACACCUCUGUGUCCACUCAUUAUCUUCAUUUUCACGAACAGCUGGGAGAAGUCCUGGCAAGUGGGCUCGUGCUGGGGUCUCAGUCACAAUAGGAGAGGCUAAAAACGUUACUCAAUACCUGAACAAAUUGAAGAAAUACGGACUCAUGAGAGGUGGGAGAAACAGAAUUGCCCUUUCAGAUUGCAUUGAGAAUUUCCAUGACACAAUUGACAAUCUUCACAAAUCACUUGGAGUUCUCAGAAAUCUUGAUGCCACCAACUUCGAUACACAAAUGGGGGAUGUAAUUACAUGGAUGAGUGCUGCACUUACUGAUGAAGACACCUGCUUGGAUGGUUUUGAGGACCAAAGCCCUCCUAAACAAGUUAUAUUAGUGCUUCAGAAAAGGGUCACAAGAGUCACUUACAUCACUAGCAAUGCACUAGCUCUUGGAAACAAACUUGCAUCUACUGGUUUGGAAAGCCUUACUAAUUAA